UUGUCGAAAUCUAAACUCCCAACAUUAGAGGUAUCAGGUUUCGACUUUGAUCAUAUUCCGAUUGAGGCGUGGAAGUUUCUCAUUGAUCAUUGUGGGGUUAAGGAGCUGAGCAUAUCAAAAACGACUAUUGACAUUGCUGCACCGAACCAUUCAGAUCUCUGCAAUAUAGUAGCGUUAUAUUUGGUUGAUGUUGGAUUGACAGAGAUGCCAUGCUUAUCUAACCUCACAAGUCUUGAAUGGCUCUGUUUAAAAGAUAAUCAAAUUGGCUAUGUCAAUCUUCAAAGCUACUUUGAUGCUGAGACAGGCAACGGUACUAUGCCAAAGUUGAAGUAUCUAGACCUGUCUAGAAAUCCUGUAUCAAAGAUUGAUGCAAGAAUUAAAGAGGUCUUCACAAGUAAACCCCUCAUAAUACUUUCAGAAGAGGUAAUGGUAGAUCUAAGCCUUCCGCUUAGCGAUGUGAAACAUGAAUUGAAAGAUGCAGACAUCGAGCUUGUUGAGCCAGACCUGGUGAGUCAGAUGGAUUGGAUGCCAGUAACUGAUUAA